CUUUAAGAAAAGCCCUCCAAAAAUCUCCGCGCCCAAUUUAUGCAUAUACAAAAGCUCCUUAGUUCCCUUCAUCCCCACUCCAUCCCUAUCACUUUUCCUUCAUUUUCCAAACGGAGCCGGAUUUGGGUGUCUUCUCUUUUCUUCUACUCUAAAUUAUCGAGAGUGAAAGGGUGAAGGGGAAAAAAAAUGGCGAAAGCAGUGAGCCCAGAUGCGAUUUCGUUUAUUCUAGAGAACCCAUAUCCCGAUUCUUCUUCAGAUUUGCCGGAAAUCAUUGUCCAAGUGCUCGAUCUCAAGCCCACCGGCAACAAGUACAUGUUCAUGGCGAGUGAUGGGAAACUGAAGGUGAGGGCUCUGUUGCAAUCGGCUUUGUCGUCUGAAGUAACAUCUGGGAACAUACAGAAUUUGGGUCUGAUUCGGGUUCUUGACUACACCCUCAAUGACAUCCCAACAAAGAAUGAGAAGUUCUUGAUAGUAUCAAAGUGUGAGGCUGUGUCUCCUGCGCUUGAGGCAGAGUACAAGGCUGAGGUGAAAACCGAGAGAAGUGGGAUAGUGUUGAAGCAAAAGCAGGAAAUGGAUGUUGGGAGUGAGGUGAAAACUGAGGGUAUUGUUCUGAAGCCAAAGGAAGAAGUUGUUGCUAAAUCUGCUGCUCAAAUAGUUCACGAACAACAUGGAAACAUGGCACCUGCUGCAAGAAUGGCAAUGACUCGAAGAAUCCAUCCACUUGUUUCCUUGAAUCCUUAUCAAGGAAUCUGGACAAUAAAAGUUCGGGUCACGAGCAAAGGAAACAUGCGGACUUACAAGAAUGCCAGAGGAGAAGGCUGUGUGUUCAAUGUAGAGUUGACUGAUGAAGAUGGGACACAAAUACAAGCAACAAUGUUCAACGAGGCUGCAAGGAAGUUCUUUGAUAAAUUCCAGAUGGGGAAGGUCUAUUACAUAUCAAAGGGAACUCUGAAAGUAGCAAACAAGCAAUUCAAGACAGUACAAAAUGAUUAUGAAAUGACCUUAAAUGAAAAUUCUGAAGUUGAGGAAGCCCGUAAUGAGGCAACGUUUAUUCCUGAAACAAAAUUCAAUUUUGUCCCGAUUGAUGAGCUAGGUCCUUAUGUCAAUGGAAGGGAACUUGUGGAUGUUAUUGGGGUUGUUCAGAGCGUAUCUCCUACUAUGAGUAUUAGAAGGAAAAUCAACAAUGAGACUAUUCCAAAACGUGAUAUUACCAUUGCUGAUGAGACGAAAAAAACUGUUGUGGUGUCUCUGUGGAAUGAUCUUGCCACAAGCAUAGGACAAGAACUGCUUGAUAUGGCUGAUAAAUCUCCUGUAGUUGCAAUAAAGUCCCUUAAAGUUGGUGAUUUUCAGGGGGUAUCACUAUCAGCACUGAGCAAAAGCAUUGUAGUAGUAAAUCCAGACACCCCAGAAGCCAAAAAGUUGAAAUCUUGGUAUGAUUCUGAAGGCAAAGACACUGCUUUGGCUGCUAUAGGUUCUGGUUUAAGCCCCUCUACGCAAAGUGGAACUAGAUCUAUGUACUCUGACAGAGUCUCCCUAGCUCAUAUCACCAGUAACCCAUCCCUGGGAGAGGACAAGCCUGUAUUUUUCUGCAUUAAGGCAUACAUUAGCUACAUUAAACCUGAUCAAGCAGUGUGGUACCGGGCAUGCAAAACAUGUAACAAGAAGGUUACUGAAGCUGUUGGGUCUGGCUACUGGUGUGAAGGGUGCCAGAAGAACGAAGAUAAUUGCAGUUUGAGAUAUAUAAUGGCAGUUAAAGUUUCUGAUGCAAGUGGCGAAGCAUAUCUAUCAGUUUUCAAUGAACAAGCAGAGAAAAUAAUUGGAUGCUCAGCAGAUGAACUAAACGACUUAAAGUCUCAGGAUGGAGAUAGUGCUUAUCAAGCUAAGCUGAAGGAAGCUACAUGGGUUCCUCACCUUUUCCGAGUUAGCGUUACUCCGCAUGAGUACAAUAAUGAGAAGAAGCAGAGGAUAACCAUCAGGGCUGUUUCCCCCAUUGAUUAUGCAACUGAAUCCAAGUAUUUGGUUGAAGAAAUAUCAAAGAUGAGAGUUUCUAAAUAGUUGGAUAGUACAUGUUUUUGGGUUAUGGGGCUGUAUCUGAGACAGAAUUUUGUUUAUCCAGGGCUUGAUGAUCUACUGAAUAGGAUACUGUCAACAGUGCUUGUAAUAUAUGUUAAUUGAUUUUGAUCAGUUCAAUAGGACCUUUGCAUUCAUUC